ACCGAUCACGGAAAGAGCCGAAGAUGUCGACUCGGACAUGUGCUCAGCUUUGUCCAAUCACAGCUGAUCACACUGAUCAUCAGUGCACCAUCUGAGCUGCCUUUCAGUGUCACCCAUCAGUGCCAGUCAGUGCCACCUAUCAAUGCCAAUCAGUGCCACCUAUCAGUGCUGCCAAUCAGUGCCACCUAUCAGUGCCAGUCAGUGCCGCCUAUCAGUGCCUGUCAGUGCUGCCUCAGU